GAUUCUGUUUUGUGUUCGAACCGGCUUGAGUAUCGGUUGUGCCUUGGUUGAUAGCAAGUACUGAUACAAGAAUAGUGCAUAACUGGAGAUUGCGCAGAUAAUACAAUUUAAACUCUUCUAAUAACCGCUCCGAGAACUGUCCAGAUUAGCAGAUUGGAACAAACCUGUAAUGUCAUUAUAACAAUGAUAAAUAUGUCAUGUUUGUUUUAAACCUUGUUUAUUAAAGUAACCAAGAAUUUCUAUAUUACAGUUUAUUCAAAAAUGUAAAGUUUUAGUUCGUUUUCUUUGUUAUAAAUAAUUUACAAUUAAAUUUCAAACAUACAAUCAUGGGAGGUUAUGUACCAUUUGCGAGAAUAACAACAAUACUAUUUAAGAUGCUUUUAAGAGUCUGGGCAUAUUCUGGACUUGUUCUAGUAUUUUGUUGUUUGAUUUACUAUAUGUAUGGAGGAAUGUUUGCUGUUAUAUUAUUAUUUUUUGCUGUCACAGGUAUAUUAUAUCAUAUUCAAGACAGUUUAUUAUAUAAUUCAGAAUUGCCUACACAUUCACGAGUCUAUGUACCGAUCCCAUCUACAUUUAAUCUUCCUUACGAAAGUAUUACAACAAAUACUUCAGAUGGGAUACAAAUUCAUAUGUAUUUCAUCUACCAACCAAAAGAAAAAGGGAAGAACUCACCAACAAUAUUAUUUUUCCAUGGAAAUGCAGGAAACAUAGGUCAUCGUUUACAAAAUUGUGUAGGCUUAUACCAUAAUUUACAUUGUAAUAUCUUAUUAGUUGAAUAUAGGGGAUAUGGAUUAUCUGAAGGAGUACCAUCAGAAGAAGGUCUUUACAUUGAUGCUAAAACAAGCCUUGAUUAUUUAAUUAGUAGGAAUGAUAUAAAUCAUUCACAAAUUAUAAUUUUUGGAAGAUCUUUGGGUGGUGCUGUUGCUGUAGAUUUAGCAACAAGAGAGGAAUAUUUAGGAAAAAUUUGGUGUUUAAUUGUAGAAAAUACUUUCACAAGUAUACCUGAUAUGGGAAAAGUUUUACUUGGAUGGAGAAUACUUCAGUAUUUUCCAUUAUUUUUUUAUAAGAAUAAAUUUUUGUCAUAUCAAAAAGUGAAAAAUCUUCGAAUUCCAACUUUAUUCAUAUCAGGAACAGCAGACUCUUUAGUCCCUCCCCGAAUGAUGGCAGAACUCCAUAAUAGAUGUGGUAGCGCUAGAAAACAACUUCUUCAAGUACCUGCAGGUACCCACAACGAAACUUGGCUUCUACAAGGGUACUACCGAUCCAUGGCUGUGUUUUUACAAAGUUGUAGCUUGGAUAAUAUUAAUAAUAGUAAUUUUGAUAUUAAAGUAGCUAGUGAUAAAAAUAAUAAAAGUGAGAGUGUAUGGAUUGAUGUACAAACAGUUUGAAUAGUUUGUAAAUUAUUCUAAUAUAUGGUGAGGAGUUGUAAAUCUCUAUUAACGAAUAUUGGAGUUUGGGAUAAAUAAAAAGUUCUGUUUCUAUUCUUACAACCAAAUUUUAUUUACAAGAAUUAAUUCGAGUAUAACAGUGCUAUCCAAAAUUUAUAAUAGUAUUAAUAAAUUUUAAGUUUUAUAAAUUGCAAGCUGGAAUUUUGUUUAUAAUUCCAUUUUUUCCACUUUCUGUGUUGUUUUUAUUAUACCUUGUAAAAAUUUCGAAAACAUUUUUCCGUUCAUAGAGAUUUAGCAAAAAUACCAAUUGAUAUAUAAAAGUUUGAAUAUUUUAAUAAUUUAAUUAAAUUUUUGUUAAAUUUGCCAAAAAAUAUUCAAUCUGUAAAAAACACAAUUUUGUGCACUAUAGUUUUACUGAACUUUUUGCAUUUGUGUUCUACUAUUUUUUAGCAUAUUUUAUAAUUUUUUCUUUUAAAUAAAUCGAUUUUAACAAA